AGAACGAUCGAUGUGUUGCCUCCAAUUUUUUUUGGCGCGUUCCGUAGAACGUCUGCUCCGUGGGAGCGGAGCGAACGUCGGACCGCACAGUUCUGGGGGUACUCACCGUGAGUUUGGGGGUUAGGUGGCGCGCAGGCAGGGUGAAUUCGUGCACAAAACCAAAGCAUUCACUCAUUUCUGUGCAGGCGCUUGUGCUUCUGCCGUGAUAGUUGUGGGCCAUUGUAGUUACCCCCCCUCUUAAAAAUGGAACGACCCUGUAAUGAAAAGGCACCUGUGAGUGACCGUGACCGCAACAAUACAAAAUGGCAUCCACCACGACGACUAACAUGUACUAUUAGCCAAAAGGGAUAGUCUUUGGCCAUUCCAGUGUGCUAAAAAGAGUCAAAUCUGAGCUUUGAAUAUCCUUCCUAAAAAGAAAAUAUCUGAUAUGGUAAAUGGUACUACAUUUCACCUAUUUUGUUUUACUAGCGUCACAUCAUCAACAUCACCAUUAUUCCGAGGAAGUUGUCCGUUAUGGUUCAGUGUCACAUAUCAUGAAACUCAAGUCACCUUAUACACAUAAAAAAUCCUUGGAGAUCUGGAGACCUGAUGAUUGAAGACCAAAGUGAAUAGGUGAUGUUGACGGUGAACGUGAACACGAGCUGUCACAGUACAGUGCGAGGCGAGUGUGAAACGUUUCCACGGGUUCAGCAAGUGCAUGUGGUAUAAAGUUUCUUUGUGCCGAGACGCGAUAGGUGAAACCCGAAUUCGAAGAAGCAGUUUUGACUAUGGGGACCCCUGUGGCAGAUAUGGGUGACGACAACUCGGAACCGAGUAAAUUUCCAAGUUCUGUGCUGGACAUUGAACGGAUUGAACACAAUUUAUACAGAGCCUCAGACCACUGGGGAGAGUUUGAAUCCAAGCAGCUGUACGGAGGGCUGGUGGUCUCUCAGGCCUUGGUAGCUGCUAGCAAAACGGUCCAGCCAGAGCUUAACAUCAACUCAUUGCACUGUUACUUUACACACAAAGGGAAUCCGCAAGUCCCUGUUCUGUAUCGGGUGGAGAGCCUUCGCGAUGGGCGGAGCUUCUCCACGCGAACCGUCCACGCCAUACAGAAUGGACAGACCAUCUUGGUCAUGAUAGUGUCCUUUCACGCCAAGGAGGAGUCUCCUUUUAAUCACCAGGCCACCAUGCCACAGGUCCCCCUCCCGGAGAACCUGCUGAGCGUCAGUGAUCUGGUCGAUAAAUAUUUUAGCGCUGUGUCUGAGGAGGUGAAAACCAAGAUUCGCCGCAUCGAUGGGUCUGGCAGCAUGUUAGAGUACAGGCACGUAGAUGCCAAGGCAGUCUUGAUGAGACAGACACCAGCAGACCCAAGAUGUCUCGUCUGGGUUCGAGUCAAAGGAACACUAGGUGGGGACGAGAGAGUUCACCGUUGUGCUGCAGCCUACAUAUCUGAUGUCUUCCUGGCCUGGACAGCUUACAUGCCCCACAGGCAUAUUCGAAAGGGUCUGAUUGCCUCCCUGGACCAUUCCGUUUGGUUUCACGCGCCCUUCCGCGCCGACGAAUGGAUGUUGUACGAGAUAGACAGCCCCAAGACCGGUGCGUCCCGUGGCAUGAGUUUCGGCCGUCUUUGGCGGCGCGACGGGACGCUGGUCGUUUCCACCUCACAAGAGUGCGUCAUGAGACCGAAGCUGUGAUCAACUUUAGUGAAAUACAUAAUCUUAAGUUAUUACUGCAAUGCGUGCAUUAUGAUCGAUGUAAGCCAGAGAAAGAUUGGCCAUGGGCCCAGAAAUUUCAAAAUGAAACAUCAAUGGUAUUUAAAUAGGAAGGACGACAGAGGGACUCUAUCGCGCUUAAUUUUAAUGUUUGGUUUGCUUUAAAUGUUUACGUAUUCUCACAGGUUUGAAUAUGUCAUCUGCCGUAGGCCUAGUCAUUACAAGCACAUAGAAUGUCAAUUUUUAAAUGACGCUUAAGAUGAUUUCAGUGACAAUGUGUUGAAGUCAACACCAACAAUAAAAUAAAGUCUCCAAUUUUGGAUUUUUUUUUUUGGCAAAAAGGAACUUUUAUAUUUUUUAAGAAUAUCAGGCUGGUAGCACAGGGACCCCAACAUGGGAGUUUAAAGUCGACUUUACCACCGAGUACGUGGCGUUGGCAGCACUAUCCCCUUCCCCAUCGAAAUUUGGGACUUCAUCAAAUAUCCUUUUCAAUUAGGCAACUGGUGCCGUGUGGCUUUACUGACUUCUGUUAUGGAUACGGUUACACCGGUUACCAACAGGCGUGUGCUGGAAAAACCUCGGAUGCCGUGGUUUAAUCAGUCAAUUGCACAUGAGCGAAUACUCCUCCGGCGAGCUGAGCUGAGCGUCGCUGGAUUAAAUCGAGACGAGCUGAAGACGAUAACACUUACCUUUCCGUUCGCAAUGCUUUAAAAUAUGCAACAUGCCUGACGGCUACUUACGCCUCUUAUCAUAGAUGUCGCAUUGAGGGUGCGGACACGAAAACGUUGUUCCGCAUUGUCGAUGAGAUCAGUGGUACUAAGAGGGCAUUAGCAUCUGUCAUACCUGAUAAUAUCGAUAUUGAAUUGCUACCGGAUGUGUUUUUGCAAAUUUUCUUAGAAAGACAAUUAUCGAUCUUCGUAAGAAUCUUCCUGAUAUUAAACUGAACGAUAUUUCAGGAUUAAAUCCAUGUUCAUUUGGCAGUUUUGAAACAUUUUCCGAGGAUACAGUUAUAUCAAUGAUCAAUCAUUUUCCAGCUAAAUGUUGUCAACUUGAUCCUAUGCCAACGUAUCUUUGUUGACUGGUGUAAUUAAUUCAUCAUUUAAUACUGGUAUUUUUCGUACAUUUUGUAAGAAUGCUAUUGUCCGUCCGUUGUUCAAGAAACGCGGGCUUGAUUAUAACGUUUUCAAAAAUGAUCGUCCUUGUCUCGUCUUUGCCAUUUGUCUCGAAACUUAUUGAAAAGUCGGCUUUAUUACAGUUAAAUGAUUAUCUCUCUCAAAAUAAAAAUUGUUCUGUAAAGGUCAAUCCGCCUAUCGGGAGGGUUACAGCACGGAAACGGCCCUAGGUAAAGUUCAGAAUAAUGUGUUGUGCUCUCUCGCUAGACAGUCUGAUGUGUUUUUGAUUCUUUUGGAUCUUCCAGCUGCCUUUGACACCAUCGAUCAUCGGAUUUUAAUUCAUAGGUUGCGGAAUAGGUUCAACAUUGAGGGUUCUGUGAUUAAUGGUUGUCGUCGUACCUGUGUAAUAGGACGCAGCGUGUUAGGGUUCGAUCAAUGGCGUCCGAGGCAUCACCACCGGAAUGUAGGGUUCCACAAGGCUCUGUCCUUGGGCCGAUUUUGUUUAGUCUCUACAUUACUCCGUUAGCAGACAUUAUUGAUGAGAAUGGUUUGGAUUGUACGAUGUACGCUGAUGACAUUCAGCUGUAUGUUACGUGCGGUUGUGCAGGGGUGCCAAUGGGGUAGAUAGAUAACUGUAUUGAAGACGUUCGU